AUGUUGUUGCACUGGGAGACGGACGGAUGGAUAGUCCUGGUUUUUGUGCCCAGUAUUGGGAAGAUCCAGUACAAAACGUUGUACAACAAGCGGUCACGGCAGUGGAGCCUGUACGCUGAUAAAGUUUUGAAGGAUUACAGCUACAUAAAAGAUCUUCAGAACAAAGUUCUUCAAUGCCGAAUAUCCACAGGAAAGGGGAUUCCAAAGAGAACACUGAGAGACAAUGACCCACGCAGAUUAGGACUUGUUCCUUCUGCUCCACGUCCAACUACAGAGGAGCUUCUUCAAGCCCAUGUUAGCCGUGGCCUUGGAGAUGUACACCAAAAAUAA